CGCACCAUGCCGAUAGUUGAUAAGCUGCGGGAAGCCCUGAAGCCUGGCCGGAGGGAGCCGGCCAGCGACGGGGAGCUGUCCAGGCUGCUGGCCACCUCCGCCAGGAAGGUCCUGCUGCAGAGGAUUGAGUUUGAGCCGGCCGCCCGGAGCUUCUCCUACCAGCUGGACUCCCUGAAGAGCAAGUAUGUGUUACUGAAUGCCAGGACAGAGGGAGACAGCCGCCCCAAGAAUGGAGAGGAGCCCCCAGCCAGGAGAGCCGGCAGCGAGCACGUGUUUGAGGAUGGCAGUGACGGGGUGCCAGCCCCCCAGAAAGUGCUGUUCCCCACGGAGCGGCUGUCCUUGCGGUGGGAACGCGUCUUCCGCGUGGGCGCCGGCCUGCACAACCUGGGCAACACCUGCUUCCUGAACUCUACCGUGCAGUGCUUGACCUACACGCCGCCACUGGCCAACUACCUGCUCUCCCAGGAGCAUGCACGCAGCUGCCACCAGGGCGGCUUCUGCAUGCUGUGUGUCAUGCAGAACCACAUCGUGCAGGCCUUCGCCAACAGCGGCAACGCCAUCAAGCCCGUCUCCUUCAUCCGAGACCUGAAAAAGAUUGCCCGGCACUUCCGCUUCGGGAACCAGGAGGAUGCGCACGAGUUUCUGCGCUACACCAUUGAUGCCAUGCAGAAAGCCUGCUUGAACGGCUGUGCCAAACUGGACCGUCAAACCCAGGCCACCACCUUGGUCCACCAGAUCUUUGGCGGGUAUCUGAGGUCGCGAGUGAAAUGCUCACAGUGCAAGAGCGUCUCGGACACCUAUGACCCCUACCUGGACAUAGCGCUGGAGAUUCGGCAAGCUGCAAAUAUCGUGCGGGCUCUGGAGCUCUUUGUGAAGCCGGAUGUCCUGAGUGGAGAGAAUGCCUACAUGUGCGCCAAGUGCAAGAGGAAGGUGCCGGCCAGCAAGCGCUUCAGCAUCCACAGGACCUCCAACGUGCUGACGCUCUCUCUCAAGCGCUUCGCCAACUUCAGCGGCGGCAAGAUCACCAAGGAUGUCGGCUACCCGGAGUUCCUGAACAUCCGUCCCUACAUGUCCCAGAGUAGCGGCGAGCCUGUCACCUAUGGGCUCUAUGCCGUCCUGGUCCACUCAGGCUACAGCUGCCACGCAGGCCACUACUACUGCUACGUGAAGGCGAGCAAUGGACAGUGGUACCAGAUGAAUGACUCCCUGGUGCAUUCCAGCAACGUCAGGGUGGCCCUCAACCAGCAGGCCUACGUGCUCUUCUACCUGCGAAUCCCCAGCUCUAAAAGAAGUCCCGCAGGCCCCAUCUCCCGCACAAGCUCCGCCUUCCCUGGCCGCCCUGCUGGGACUCCAGACCCCUCCAGGAAGAGCUUCAGCCAUGGGAGCACACACUCGCCGCUGCCGGGCAAGCGACACGACUCUUUGCUGGGGAAGAAGCCGCAGGCUGCAGAAGAGCUGGGUGUGUCCGUCUCCCGGAAUGGCUCCAUUCUGGGCCUGAAGACGCCGAAUGGACAUGGUCCUCCGAAGCUGCCCCCGGGGACCCCGUCCCCCAGACUCCCCCAAACUCCCACGCAUGUUCCCACUGUCCUCGAUGAGCCUGGGAAGAAGGUGAAGACGCCAGCCCCCAUGCAGCAUCCGCCCCCGUCCCCCAUAACUUCUCAGGGCUUUGCUGGCACCAGCACCUCGAAUGGCGGCAAGUGUGGGGCCCCUGGAGGCCGCGGACAGGGCUCCUGGGACCGCGGAGUCACCGCCCUCUCUACCUCACCUGAGCUCCUGGCUGAAGCCACUGCCAGUGGGCACGGGCCCAAGAGGCGUGAUGGGUAUGCUGACCUCAACAGUUGCAGCCCCAAGCAUUCCAGCAGCCGCGACUCCGCCCAAGCGCCCCAGACCCCGAAGUGUGGAGCUGCCCGCCUCUGUGACUCUCAGGAAACAAACUGUCCAGCCACUGGCCACGCCAAAGCGCCACCAGCUGGAGCGGACCCCAAGGUGGCAAGGCUCAAGUGCCCCGAGCCCGCCAGCGCCACGUCUCCUCCGCCAGCCAAGAAGCCCGCCCUGUCUGCUGAGAAGGCCAGCUCCCUGCGGAGGGCGACCCGCAGUGAGCCCCGUUCACCUCUGCCCUCGCCAUUCUCCGACCUCACCUACCCCAUGACAGCCACUCACCGGGCCAAGGCCUCCACCUGGCCUGUCAGCCAACCCAGGGCUGUGUCGCCUGCUCCCCCGUCAGCCCGCCACGCGAAGCCGCCCGUCAGCCCGCACUCCACGCCGCUCCACAGCCCCCAGCCCCCGCGGAGCUGCUCCCCCACUUCCAGCUCCCUGCCUCAGGUCAACGGGGGUGCCGUGGCCCCUUCAUACCAGCUGCCUGAGGCCAGCAGAGCCCCCCAGAGCUCCUCCAAAAAGAGGAAAAGGACCUGCGGGGAGACUCUCGGGGGUUCAGGCCCGGAGGUGCCCCUGACAGGGCCCCUCGAGGCGGAGGCUGCAGUGCCUCGCAGGAAGAAGAAAAGGAAAAAGAGGAAGCCGCUCGAGGAUGCAGCCAUGGCCAUCAGGCAGGCCAGGGGCCUGGAGGGCAGGGAGGGCCCGGUGGAGCUGCCAGCUAGUCCAUCGGAAGCAGCAGGCACAUGGCCUGAGGUGAACGGCCAGCAGGGAGGACACGGCCUGGGUGGCCAGCGCAGCCGCAAGAGGAAGAAGAAGCAAGCAGAUAAGCCUGGCAGGGCAGACGGCCUCGCCCUGGGCACUCCCCGGCACAGCCGCGGUGAGCCUGGGCCCAGGGCUGUGUCACCCAGGAGGAAGAAGAGAAGGCAGGAGUCAGAGCAGGAGGCCGAAGAGACGAAGCGUCCGCAAGGCCAGGGGAGCGCGCAGCCCCGUGACGCUGUGGUCCCUGGGCGGAGCCAUCCCUUGGCACUCGUGAACGGGCAACUUCCUGGGGACUGCACAGGCGCACCCCUGGGUGAGCAGGGGACAAGAGCCGUGGGAGUACAAAAUCCGGGGAUUACUCCUGCCUCCAGCCCCGGGGUACCAGCCCUCCUGCCCAGGGAGGGGACACGGCAUACAGGAGCUGCAGGGCUGGGCCGGGCUGCUCCGGCCCGUGGGGACAGAGAGGACAGACUGGAUGUGCUUCAGGAGCUGCUGAGAUACUCUUCAGAUAAAGCUUAUGGGAAGAAAGUGUUGACAUGGGAUGGGGAAGUGUCCGCCGUCAGUAGGGACGCUGCUGAAGACAGCCGGCUGGCCCGGACCCAGAGCGUGCUCGACGACUGGGAUGAGGAGUUUGACCGUGGGAAGGAGAAGAAGGUGAAAAAGUUCAAGAGGGAGAAAAGGAACUUCAACGCCUUCCAGAAACUUCAGAGCAGAUGGAACUUCUGGUCUGUGACACAUCCUGCCAAGGCUGCCAGCCUCAGCUAUCGCCGCUGACUUUGCCUCUGCCAGAGGAGGUUGGUAUGGGGGCGAGUGACACACAGAGGCCAGUCCCGGAGGGGCUC